CUGGCCAAUGCUUCAUACUUCAGCUAACAAACAGCUUUGUCUACAAACUGCACGCAGAGUUUCAUUCACACGGGGACAUUUGUCAGACGCUAGCCGUCAGUUUUUCUUUCAUUCAGUGGAGUUUUUAUUUGGUGGAUUUAUUUGAUCCGUCUUUUGGAAGAAUAAUAAACAUGAUCAAGACCAUGCUUGAACAAGCGAGGAGAUAUCCAGGGUUAAUCCCGCAAUUUGUCUUUCUGGGUAUUGGCCUCACAGGGGCCACCUUCUAUCUGAUCCGCCUGGCAAGAGGACCUCAUGUCACCCUGUGGGACAAGAAGAACAACCCAGAGCCCUGGAACAACCUCGACCCAACCUACCAGUACAAGGUAGCUUCCCCCCUACACAAAUUUGUGGCCGUCAACACGGACUACAAGAACCUGAAGAAAGAGGGCCCUGACUUCUAAAGGUCCUCCAGGCAACUCCAGGGGCACCAAGUUUGGCAGGACCUCCUGCUGUCGCCUUAAUGAUGUGAAGCGUCUUCGUCAACAUUUCCUCAGUUUCACCUCAUGUUAAGGACAACAGCUCUAAAUGUUACCUCUGUAACGCUUUGAAAAAAAACUAUUAAAGAUUACAAAAGACAGAA